AUGAGUACUUAUGUGACGGGUAUAUCCGACCUAGUUGAGGAAGAGUGCUGUACGGCGAUGCUCCGUAAUGAUAUAGAUAUUUCUAGGUUUAUGGUGUAUGCUCAAUCUAUUGAGGAGUCCAAGCUUAAGAGGAAGAAUAGGGAGUUGAAGAGGGGUGGAUCCGAUGAGCAAGGUCAACCUAGGUUCAAGAAGAGAGCUCCAAACCAAAAUUCUUCUAGUGCUCCUAAGGUUAAUGAGGAGAAAGGUAGUGGACCUCCAUUUUCUAAACCUCUUUGUACCACUUGUGGGAAGAGACAUCAUGAGAAGUGCCUAGCCGGUACUAGUGGGUGCUAUGGUUGUGGAAAGCAUGAUCACCAAGUGAGAAAUUGUCCUACUCUUACGGCUAGAGGAAGGGAGGCCAAACAAACUUCUUAUGUUGGCCCGUAUCCUAAUGUUCCAAAGAAGAACCGUUUCUAUGCACUUCAAGCCAAAGAGGGCAAAUAA